UGUUCUUCUCCUAGAAAGGGAGACCGGGGGUUCUCACUCUAAGAAAGGGGAAGAGACACAUGCCUAGUCCUCAUCCAGGUUCAGUUUUUUUGAGUAUCAGGAGUGGGAGACUCCCCCAGAUCCCAUAUUUCCCUACCACCCUUUUCCAUGAUUAAAACAAGCAUGGGGGAAAGCAGAGACCACACAUGCUGCCUUCAGGAAUAAAUCGAGAUCCUCAGGAAUGAAAGGGUGGGUACCUGGAGAAUCCUACACACCCCAUUUCCUGGGAAACUCCUAGUUCGGGUGGAGAGCUUGCAUGGCAGAUCUCAAGCAGGAAAUAAGAAAUAUAUUUGCAAGGAAGUGUAGGAAGUUAGCACCAGCCCCUUUCCUGGAAGAGUGAAAUAUUUUGGGAAAUAUUAGGAAGGCAGAAUGUUAUGUUUCCCUAUAUGAAAAAUGGAGAAGCAUGUUUUACAGACAAAGCAGCUCCCACCUUCCUGCCCCCCACCCUUUGUUAAUGGGCCAGAGGCAGAAACCCAAUCCUUUGUCAAAGGACAUUUGCAACACAAUAGCAAAAGAAACUAACACAAUGGGCCCCAUCUAGCAAGGAAACUCACCACAUGUGUCCUGGGAAGCACAUGUGACCAUCAGACAGCAAGGCUAGCUAAGACCCCCACCCCCUGGGAGUCUGACAACCAAUCAUGGUACUCUUUCGGGGCCCCAAGAAAUGCAAAGCCAGAGAGAGCAUAAAACCCAAAAAACUUGCUGUAUCUCCCCUUUUCUGUUCAGAAACUCAAGCCAUGUGAUCCUGUCCACCAUUAAACCAUCUUUCCAAGCAGUCUCCAUGUUUCCAGUGUCUUUUUCCCCACUUGGAGCAGAAUCUAGAAGGAUGUUUCUUCCAACAGAAUAGAGGCAAAUGAUUAUGCCUACAUUCUCACCAUGUGCUGAAUGACACUAAACUAGGCUUGGAUCCCCUGCAGUUCAAUUUGUCUUAGGAAGGUAGUGAACCAGCAUCCUAAACCAAGAUCAAUUGACUGGCGUUUCAUUUUAUGUGAACUGAACGUUCAUACUUCGUUAACCUGUUCUGGGCAAGAACUGGGCAGAAGAUGCUGGAAGAAGGAACCAUCGUUUCACAAGUUCACGCCUGGAACUUCAGGAGCGUCCAAUAUCAGGAGGAUGAAGGUCCCCGAGGACUUUGCAGCCGACUCCACUACUUUUGUAGUCGAUGGUUGAGACCAGAAAAGCACACAAAAGCGCAGAUGCUGGACUUGGUUGUUCUGGAGCAGUUCCUGGCGCUUCUGCCCCUGCAGAUGGAGAGCUGGGUGCGGGAGUGUGGAGCAGAGACCAGCUCCCAGGCGGUGGCCCUGGUGGAAGGCUUCCUCCUGAGCCAGGCGGAGGAGAAGAAGGAGCAGGUUGAGUUGCAGUCCUUUGCAAUGGAGAUCAGGGAUGCUCAGAGAAAGAGGCAUCCCUCAAAUCUCCCUGAAGAAGUGUUUUUCAGGAGGAUCCCUCAGGAAGAUCCAAUUCAGGACACCUCAGGAGGGAAGAAUAGAAGGAAGUUGACUCUUUGUUUUGGGGGAGCAGAAACCAGGAUUGAACCUCCAACUCGGGAGAGUCUUGUGUCCUUUGAGGAGGUGGCUGUGUUUUUCUCCGAGGAGGAGUGGUCUCAGCUGGAUCCUCACCAAAGAGCUCUGCAUUGGGAAGUCAUGCUGGAGAAUUAUAAGAACGUGGUCUCUCUUGGUGAGAAUGAGAAUGACAAUAAAGACUCUGGAGAACCAAUCAAAGUGUUUAGACAAGGAGACGUAAUGGAGAAACCUGCAAUUCAAACAGAAUUCCAAAGGCAGGAGAGAAACCUGUCAAAUAACUGGAAUAAAGAAAGCUCAUCUUUGAUUGUUGCUCAGAUGCAGGACUUUAUUGAUCAACAAGGAAAACUAAAGAAGAAAUAUAUUGGGAAAGGUCUAAGACUCUUCAAAGAAACAUUAGAUGUAAAUGGACCCUGUCCAUCACAAGCCAAAGGACCAGCCAAUAUAUGCAAAGACAAAGAAAAAAAUUACAGUUGGAUAUUCACGCUUACUCAAGAAAAUGGGUUCCUUGAGUCACAGAAAAGUUUUCACAUGGGAGAGAAGUCAAAUAAAUGCAAUGAACAUGGAAACAAGAUUGUUAAUAAAAGGACAUGCAGAAGGGAGAAGCCACAUAAAUGCAUGGAGUGUGGAAAGGGUUUUAGCCAAAAGAGUGCCCUUAUUACCCAUCAAAGGAUCCACACAGGGGAGAAGCCAUAUAAAUGCAUGGAGUGUGGAAAGGACUUCAGAACAAGCAGUAAACUUACAUCCCAUCAAAGGAUCCACACAAGUGAGAAACCAUAUAAAUGCAUGGAGUGUGGAAAGGGUUUUAGCCAAAAGAGUGCCCUUAUUACCCAUCGAAGGAUCCACACAGGGGAGAAGCCAUAUAAAUGCAUGGAGUGUGGAAAGGACUUCAGAACAAGCAGUAAACUUACAUCCCAUCAAAGGAUCCACACAAGUGAGAAACCAUAUAAAUGCAUGGAGUGUGGAAAGGGUUUUAGCCAAAAGAGUGCCCUUAUUACCCAUCGAAGGAUCCACACAGGGGAGAAGCCAUAUAAAUGCAUGGAGUGUGGAAAGGGUUUUAGCCAAAAGAGUGCCCUUAUUACCCAUCAAAGGAUCCACACAGGGGAGAAGCCAUAUAAAUGCAUGGAGUGUGGAAAGGGUUUUAGCCAAAAGAGUGCCCUUAUUACCCAUCAAAGGAUCCACACAGGGGAGAAGCCAUAUAAAUGUAUAGAGUGUGGAAAGGGCUUCAGAGCAAGCAAUGAUCUUGCAUCCCAUCAAAGGAUCCACACAGGGGAGAAGCCAUAUAAAUGCAUGGAGUGUGGAAAGGACUUCAGAACAAGCAGUAAACUUACAUCCCAUCAAAGGAUCCAUACAGGGGAGAAGCCAUAUAAAUGCAUUGAGUGUGGAAAGGGCUUCAGAACAAGCAGUAAACUUACAUCCCAUCAAAGGAUCCAUACAGGGGAGAAGCCAUAUAAAUGCAUUGAGUGUGGAAAGGGCUUCAGAAGAAGCAACGAUCUUGCAUCCCAUCAAAGGAUCCACACAAGGGAGAAGCCAUAUAAAUGCAUGGAGUGUGGAAAGAGUUUUAACCAAAAGAGUGCUCUUAUUACCCAUCAAAGGAUCCACACAGGGGAUAAGCCAUAUAAAUGCAUGGACUGUGGAAAGGGCUUCAGCAAGCCCCGUAGUCUUAUUUCUCAUAGUAUGAUUCAUAGACUGGAUAAUCCCUAAAAUAAAGAUACAUUUGGGUGAGAAUGUAUGCUAAUUAUUGAUUUAAUGGUUCUAUGUAUGGAUUUCCAAUUUACAAACUCAACUGAAGAUUAUUUCUGCUGUUCACCCUCCUGACAGCUGUAGAGAGAUGAAUUUAGUAAUGAAAAUAAAAACAAUGGGCAUGUGUCAUUAUAAUUAUGAUUUAUACUUUUUUGAAUGUAUCUGUAUAUAAAGUAUAUAGGAAUGUCAAACUGGCGGCUCACGGGUCAGUUGUGUCACAUGCACAUACCCCAGCUCUGCAAAUGGGGAAACUGUCACAAUGUGUCAUGUAAUAGCAACGUCAUAUGGGGAGUUUGAAACCCGUGGUGUAUAGGUUCAUUUUAUUUUAUUGUUUAGAAAUGAGCUUCCUGUUCCACAACUGCCAUCAUUCCUCCAGUUAGUCAUAGCUCUCAGAGGGAUGCGAAGACGUCUAACAGAUGCUGCUUCUCUAAGCCCAAAAGGAAGAUAUCAAAAAAUAAAAAAAUAAAUAAAAAUAAAAUUGCACCCAUGGUAUAGAACUGGGAUCCCCAAAAAUAAUUAAAUUUGCAUCUUCAGUGUAGAACUGAGACCUGAGUCAGCUGGUAUCUAUGCAGAAACAUUAAACAUUAUUCAGACAAAAGCCUCAUGAUAUGAGGAAAUUGUCACAUGCAGAUCAAUGUAGAGCGUGUGGGAAGAACUGAAAGGAUGAACGAUUCCUCUCUCACAAAAGGAGCCAGAAGCGCCCCAAGUGCUUGUGCAAUUUUCUUUUCAAGCAUUAUGGACAUAUUUUGCUCUUCUGUAGUAUGGUGAUGGCUAAUAAGUCCACAUUUGAAUUAAAUAAAAUUAAUUAAAUAUCAAUGGUGUGGUUUUGUUCCAGUCACGUGUUAUACUCAUCUGUUAAACUCUUUAGUUGCUUUAAAAAUGUAUUAACACAGGAGUUUUGGAAGAAUUCGGAGGGCCAUAUUUCAGGAUUUGAAAGGCUCAUGUUGGUUUUGUAAUGUAUUGAGUUUUGGCGGGAAGUUUGAAAGACAAUGGGUCAACUGUGAUUGGUCAGCUCCCGGCCCAGCCAGAUAUAUAAAGGGAGCUGUGUUACUGCAUGUUUUGCUGAAGUCACACCCUGCAUUAAAGAGCUGUUGUCACAGAAGACCUUGCUUCUGCCUCUUCAUUCCCACAACCUAACAUUGGCAACGGUGAAGGUGGGAUUGAGGUAACGAAAAGCAAGCCGAAAAAGAGCCAGCAAUAACGGAUUCAGCCAGGCAGACGAGCUUAGAACCUUGCAGGACUACCACAAUGUCUGCGUAUGUACCGCCAACGCCUUUCAACCCAGCAAGAGAGAAGUGGGGAUCGUACAUGACCCGGUUUGAGUGCUCCCUGGAAGCCAGUGACCUAAAUGGCCUCCCUGACAACCGGAAAAGAGCUCUCUUCCUGAGCCACUGCAGACCAGAAGUCUUCGACAUGGCUGAGUCACUAUCAGAACCAACUCCGGUCCAGACCGUAUUGUGGCAAGUGUUGCAAGCCUCACUAAAGACACACUAUACUCUGGUACCAUCCAAGUUCAUCCAGCGGUACGAGUUCCGGCAACGAGUGCAGCAAGGAGGAGAGCCGAUCAGCGCUUACAUGGCUGCCCUGCGUAAGGCUGCAACGCACUGUGAGUAAUGAGACCUCGAUGAUGCACUCCUAGAGCAACUAAUCUGUGGUGUGAGAGAUAUUCGCCUAUAGAGAAGGUUGCUAGCCAAGUCUAACCUGACUACUACACAUUGCUCUUGACGAAACAAAAGCAUACAAGUCCUCCACAAGGCUGCGGAGACCCUACAACGACCAGCCACCUCACAAGCAACCCCAAGAUCGACACCAGUGCACCACGAGGCGACCCAGACCUACAGCGAGGAAGAGUUGGAUGAAGACAUCUUCCAAACAGAAAGAACGUCACAGAAGCUGCUCAAGCUGCGAGGGUCACACCAAAGACAGACCUGUAAAUUCAGGGACGCCAUCUGCAGAUGCUGUGAUAAGAAGGGGCAUUUGGUGAGAGUCUGCUGAGCAAGAUUACCAGUCAGCCACAAGCCAAGGGACAGAUACAGCCAAUCAGAGCCAGUGCAGCACAAGUGGACAAAUAAAAGAUUGCGACCCGAAGAAAAGGCGCGAGUUUCAAAAUCACGAGACCUGCAGCACCCAGAUUGGCUAGGCCAGCGCAACCAUCGAGAAGAAGGUCCACACCACGGUAGAGAUCAAGGGAAGCCCAUGUGAGAUGGAGAUUGACACCGGGUCAUCACUAUCGAUCAUGUCCUGGGCUACCCUGAAGGCAGCUAUUCCUGGGUUGAAAAAGAGUCAACUACAGCUCCAACGGCUUCGGCUUCAAGACUACCAGGGAAACCGCAUCCCCAUAGAGGGAGUAGGCACGUUCCAGGUCCCGUAUGAAGAGCACCGGAAGAAGCUACCCCUCACCAUAGUCAGCGGAACCCUACCGAGCCUCCUGGGUCUGGACUUGCACAGACUAUCGUAACUCACAGAGGUGCCUUCAAAUGCACUAGGCUGCAGUUCGGAGUCAGCAUAGCCCCUGGACUAUUCCAAAGUACCAUGGAGCAUCUGCCCGGGGUAGUGCCCUAUUUUUUUUUAUUGAACAGUUUUAAAAGUUUUACAAACAUUUCCCCUACCCCCUCCCCUUCCAACCCUCCCCCCCGCUUCCCAGAGCAAAAUACAGGGUAUAACAUUUGACAAACAUAAGCUAACAUAAGCUAAUUAUCUGUAGCCUCCUAACCCCUUCUUGAACUUUUAACUCCCCUUUUACUAGACUAAGUUUAAGUACUUUAUAAAAUCUUUUGGAUCAUUCCUAAGCUAUUUGAAAUUUUUUAGUCCGAUAUUUGCCUUGAAUAUAAUCAAUCCAUCUUCUCCAUUCUAGCAUGUAUUUCUCAUUUGAAUUGUCCUUUAAAUAUGCUGAAAUUUUUGCCAUUUCUGCUAAAUUUACUAUUUUUAGUGUCCAUUCUUGAAUUGUAGGUAAAUCUUCCUUCUUCCAAUACUGCGCCACCAAAAGUCUCGCUGCAGUUAUUAAGUUCAAAAUCAAUUUAGUCUCUAUAACAGUACAAUCUGUGAUUAUACCUAACAAAACCAACUGUGGGGUAAAUUUUAUCCUUUUUUUUAAAAUGUUUUGAAUAAUCCACCAUAUUUUUAUCCAAAAUGCUUUAACUUUUUUACAAGUCCACCAAACAUGAAAAUAAGUAGCAUCAACACAGUCACAUCUCCAACAUUUGGGUUGUAGGUUUGGAUACAUACAAGUUAACUUUUUGGGAUCCAAAUGCCAUCUAUAAAACAUUUUAUAAAAAUUUUCUCUCAAGUUUUGAGCUUGUGUAAAUUUUACAUUUCUUACCCAAAUCCUUUCCCAUGUUUCCAUCAUUAUCGGUUCCUCAAAAUUUUGUGCCCAUUUUAUCAUACAAUCGUUAACUAACUCUGUCUCCGAGUCUAUUUCUAUCAAUAUAUUAUACAACCUUUUUAUAUGCAUUUGACUCUGGUCCCUGAUUUGUUUUAUCAAAAUUUCUUCAUUUUGUGUAAUACCAAUUUUCUGGUCUUUUUUCCAUCUAUUCUGCAACUGUACAUACUGAAACCAAGUUUGAAUUGCCCUUUCCUCUCUUAAUAUGUUCAAAAGCUUUAACUGUAGUACAUUUUUUUCUGUAAUCAAAAGUUCUUUAUAAGUAAUUACAUCCUGUCUUUGUUCUAUACUUAUAUUUUCUAUCACAUGUCUGGGUACUGCCCACAUGGGUAUCUUGCCAUUCAAUUUAUAUUGGUAUUUUUUCCAAACACGCAGGAGAGCGUUCCUUAAUAUGUGACUUCUAUCCACCUUCUUCUCAUAAACUAAGUAGGCAUGCCAACCAUAUAACAAAUCAUACCCUUCAAUAUUCAAUAUUCUUUCAUCUGUUAAAUUAAUCCAGUCACUAAUUGCUGACAAAGCAACUGCUUCAUAAUACAGUUUUAAAUUGGGCAAUUUCAAACCACCUCUUUCACGUGUAUCCUGCAUUAUUUUUAAUUUAACUCUCGGUCUCUUCCCUGCCCAAACAAAAUUAUUAAUGCCUUUCUGCCAUUCCACCAAAUUUGCAUCCUUUUUAAGUAUUGGUAUCAUUUGAAAAAGAAAUAAAAAUUUUGACAGAACGUUCAUUUUGACUACUGCUAUUCUUCCUAACAGGGACAAUUGUAAUUUUUUCCAUUUAUCCAUCUCUAUCUGUAUUUUAUGCCAUAACAAUUCAUAAUUGUACUUGUAUAAUUUCCCAUUUGACAUAAUAAAAAUUCCUAAAUACUUAACCUUUUUCACUAUCUCGCAUCCUGUUACUCUUUCCAAUUCUUCUUUUUGAUUUAUAUGCAUAUUCUUAACUAUCAUCUUUGUUUUCCCUAUAUUUAUUUUAAACCCUGACACUUGACCAUAUUGCCUAAUUAUAUCCAUUAAACCCAUAGCUGAUUUUACUGAUUGGGUUAAAGUUACAACCAAAUCAUCCGUAAAUGCUCGUAAUCUAUAAUCAUGUUGCCUAAUUUUAAUACCCUGUAUAAUAUCCGAGUCCCAAAUUUUAUUCAACAAUACUUCCAAAGUUAAAAUAAACAAUAGUGGAGCCAAGGGACAUCCCUGUCUUGUUCCUUUCUCAAUAUUAAAAAGUUUCUGUAAGACUAUCAUUAACUAUUAUUUGUGCUGUUUGUUUCUGGUAUAUUGCCUUGAGAGAUUGUAUAAAACACUCUCCUAGCUGCAUCUUUUGUGCUACUUUCACUAAGAACUGCCAAUUCAAUCGAUCAAACGCUUUCUCUGCAUCCAAAAAUAUAAGCACUGCAGGGACUUGAUUGUUCUUCCCCAAAUACUCCAGUAUAUUAACAAUUUGUCUUAUAUUGCUUUGUGGGAAUGCAGUGGCCAUAGUACAUGUAUAGACCAGUUUAACUGGUUGGACACUUGUAUGGAGCUUAGCAUCGAAAUAAUCAAACUAUGAAAAGCGGGUUCAUAUGGAUACUCUCUGAAGGGCCCUAUUCAUUCUCUCUUUGUUCUUAACAUAGACUGUAUUAGCAAAGCCAGAGAUAUCCCUUCCUGCUACAUUCCUGAGGGUUGAGGUAAUCUCUGAUAGCGGGGAUACGAGGAGAUGGGCCUCUCGCCUGGUAGUAACUGGUACCAAAUAGCCAGAGUUGAGUUUCGCUUUUGCAUCUUUAGUAUCGCUUUCCUAUCUCUUGUAUGUAAUAUGAGAUGUGUAGCCAUUAUAACGCCUUCUGAUGACGCUGUAUUUGGAUAACUAAUAAAAGAGAUUGUAGCCUUUUGUUCGCUGCUCUCUCAUCCCGAGAAAA